UUUUCUAAGGCUUGAGAAAGAUGAAAGUCAACAUUGAACAGAGUAUUUUGGGGGAAGAUCCCAUGACUAGGAGUGAUGUAGAGCAAGGAAAAUGAGAGGAUUCGUCGUUGUCAACAGAAUAAACGAUGUGUUUUACCUCGAUUGUGACACAGAGUUCACAAAUCACGUGAAUAUACAGGCUGUGGAACAAGGAUUACUCGAGGCUGGCAACUAUGAUGAAGAAACUCUGGACUCCAGCAUUGUCAUGCAGCUGUUUUCACCUUUGUUCAUGUCACAAUGGUUUCUCAUAGAACAAAGGAAAAACCCUUGUUCAUCUAUUUCAUGUGAAAAUGGCUUUAUGUUUGUGUUCAAACAGUAUGAGGAAUUGCUGAUUAUCGCAAUUAGCAAAGAAGAAGAAGACACGGAACAGUUUCUAAAUAAGAAGAUUGGUGUGUUUAUUCGUGUGAUCGAAUUUCUCUUUGGACCAGUCUCAAAUGAAAUGGGUUAUAGCCUAAUCUGCAGAAGAAGUGACAGAUGGCGAUUUUUACAAAAUUUAAUGAAAACCUGGGAAAUGCUUAGAAAAGAGGAACAUUCAUUUCUUGUUGAGGCAGUAGAGAGACUUCAUGUGAAUCAGCUGGUGAAUGAUAAGUGUAUGGAAAUCUUAGAAUAUGCCAUCAGUCGUUUACAGAAUGCAGGAGAGAGAAAUACCCAUCAUGCACUUCUGGUUGUAAACAGCAAAUUAUUGUCCCUAUUCUCAAACCGUAAUGCGCCAUCACUGGCAGAAUCUGAUGUCUUGUGCACCAUCUUGUUAGCACGGUUACUAUUUCCAACCAAUGAGAAGCUAGAGGAUUUGUUUUCCUACCGUAAGUCGGAUGAUAAUAGCGUUUCGGAGGAAUUGAAGUCCCCAGCAUCCAUUACAGUGCCUUCUCCUGUCGACAGAUAUGAGAGCGCCGUUGAGGGAGAUGACUCUAUGGAAGAAGAUAAUUACAUGAGUGCAACAGAUACCCCUACUCCCAAAACAAGACUGUCAGAGAAUCCAUACCCGGCUGUCUCUGAGCAUGUGACUGAGGACGAAUCGAUGACAACAGAACAAAAGCCAGUAGAUGUCACCAGUGAAGGCUUCAUCACGCCAGAGUCGGUGUUGUCCAUCACCGAUUUACACAAGGUGGCUGAUCAAGGUGGUAGACUGACGCCUGUUGGCAGAAGUCGCAGUAGAACCUUUGAUGGGAUUUUAACAGGCCGCAUUACCCCGGGGCCGGGCCGGGCUAGGAGCAGAAGUCUUAAUGUGGGCCAGCAAACUCAAAGAGAUGAUGUAUCAUUCCAAAGAAGCUCAUCACCUUUACCAAAGCAGGAACCAAUUCAACCUGUAUCACCGGUAAUCCGCUCCAGUCCGAACCACAUCCGUCAGACGGCCUUCCUGUCCACACAGAUGUGUAGCUUCUCUCCCUAUCAUCUGGACUUCAUCCAAAUUUUCCCAGGCAUGGUCAUAGUCCUGCUGAGUGAGAUUCCAAGAGCAAGCCAUGCCAGCAGUUUAUGUCAGUUGUUACGAUUACUGGCGGACCUCUUGUCGGGACAGAAAUCCCAAGUUCAACGAGUCCAAGGUCAUGUCCUGUAUGACCUCAUCAAUACUCUUCUCUACAAACUGGCAACAGCCAUGAGAAAAGCUAAAGGCAAAAUAGAAAAAAUUCUGGAAGAUAUUCGGAGAAGAUGGGAUAAUGCUGAAUUUAAGUUAGCUCUUCUGUCCUAUUUGGAACAAGGGGCCGGAACGGAGAUUCCUCCUGGUGCAGAGCGAUCCCUGACAGGCCUACAUAAGAAAGUGAAGGAUUUGUUUCUACAUUUGUAUCUCUAUCCUUACGACAUUUCUCCCUCAGUCAGUCAGGCCAUGACGUCCAUAUGUGAAAAGGCCAUGGUCAAAAUGUUUGACUACAAAGACUAUCUUUCCGUCAAGUCACAGAGAAACAUUGUGAUGACCUCAUACCUGGAUGCCUAUCCUGGACUGGUUCACUUUAUCUACAUUGACAGGAGAACCAAUCAAGUCACAGCACCCUCCCUCAACAUCACAGAGGAAGGAGAGAAUCUAGAUGCCACUCAGUUCUUAAAAAACAAAAUAUGGAAAAUGACAAGCUGGAUGUACGGAAAGCUUGCAGAAGGGGUAACCAUGGCAAUGGCUAGAGAAGGAGACUAUCACUACUCAUAUUUCUUAUGGUUUACCGAUUAUCAAGGAAUACCCACUCAAGUUCAGCAGCCAUACCAAGAGGGAGAAGUCCACCAUCCCCCAGGCAUCUUGUCAGGGCAGUUUUAUAGUGCACUGAAAAAACAAUGUUUUCCAAAUAUUCUCCCAGGUGCUGUGAGCUGUUACGAACUAGUUAUGAUGCAUGUUGGAGUUGUCAGUGUGCAAUAUAUCAUCAAUCACAGACUGAAGUUAGCCAAACAAUUGUAUGAAGCUUCAGGAGAAACACAAAUGAACCUUGUAUUGUGAUUUUGGUGCUCUCUAAAUCAUUUAUAAUCAUUGCCAUACACAUGAUAGAACAGUCAAUUUCAUGUGCUGCUUAUUUCACUUAUCUGUACAACACAAUUUUUACUGAAAGUAUUUCUUCAAAAGGGGUUCUUUUACCAAACUUCUGCACUUAGCGUUGCUUCCCUGCAGAAAAUCAAAAGGACAAAGUUCACAAAUGUCCUUAUUUGGCCCUCAUUUAUUUGAUUUAUUGCAUUUUUAGGUCACCUGAAUUCAUUCAGGUGACCUAUUGCUAUCUGUUUUUGUCCGUCGUCGUUCGUUAACAUUUGAACAUUUUCAGCUUCUUCUCUGAAACCCCUGAACCAAUUUCAACCAAUUUUGGCAUAUAGCAUCUGUGGGUGGAGGGGAACAAAAAUUGUGAAAUUCGUAGUCCCUGCCCCCCUGGGGCCUGAGGGGUGGGGCAAAAACCAUCAAAAUGAGUGUAAUUUUAAAAAAUCUUCUUCUUUACUCCUGGACAUCAAGAAGCCAAACUGUGGGCAUAAUUAUAAUGAGCGUUGAGCCCUCUACCAAAAUUGUGAAAUUCAUGGCCCCUGGGGCAGGGGUUCUUGUGUUAGGGUGGGGCUCUAUUGGUCAUAUAGUGAAAAUGUAGAAAUUCUUUGAAAAUCUUCUCUGUCUCUGGGUAUUAAGUAGACAAACUAAUAGCAUGGUAAUGAUGAGCAAGGAUGCCUCUUUAUACCCCCUGCAACAAGUUGUGGGGGGGUAUACUGGAAUCGGGUUGUCCGUCUGUCCGUUCGUCUGUAGACGCAAUGGUUUCCGGGCUCUAAAGCAUUAUCCUUUCCACCUACCGUCACCAUAUGAUAUAUAUGGACUACCCAUGGGAUGAAGAUGUUCCCUAUCGAUUUUGGGGUCAAAAGGUCAAAGGUCAAGUGCACUGGACAUUGAAGUAGCAAUGUGGUUUCCGGGCUCUAAAGCGUUAUCCUUUCCACCUACAGUCACCAUAUCAAACAUAUGGACUACCCAUGGGAUGAAGAUGUUCCCUAUCGAUUUUGGGGUCCAAAGGUCAAGUGCACUGGACAUUGAAGUAGCAAUAUGGUUUCCGGGCUCUAAAGCGUUAUCCUUUCCACCUACAGUCACCAUAUCAUAUAUAUGGACUACCCAUGGGAUGAAGAUGAUCCCUAUCGAUUUUGGGGUCAAAAGGUCAAAGGUCACACGCACUGGACAUUGAAGUAGCAAUAUGGUUUCCAGGCUCUAAAGCGUUAUCCUUUCCACCUACAGUCACCAUAUCAUAUAUAUGGACUACCCAUGGGAUGAAGAUGAUCCCUAUCGAUUUUGGGGUCAAAAGGUCAAAGGUCACGCGCACUGGACAUUGAAGUAGCAAUAUGGUUUUCGGGCUCUAAAGCGUUAUCCUUUCCACCUACAGUCACCAUAUCAUACAUAUGGACUACCCAUGGGAUGAAGAUGUUCCCUAUCGAUUUUGGGGUCAAAGGUCAUGCGCACUGGACAUCUUAGUAUCACCACUCAGAAAAGAGGUAGUUUAUACCUAUUACCAACACCCUUUGGGAGAUUGGGAUAAGCGGGGGGUAUUCUUAGUGAGCAUUGCUCACAGUACCUCUUGUUAAAAAUUGUGAAAUUCAUGGCCCCUGGAUCAGGGGUUCUGGUGCUAUGGUGGGGCUCUAUAAGUCAUAUAGUGAAAAUGCAUUAUUUCUUUGAAAAUCUUUUUCUCUGUCCUUGGGUAUUAAGUAGACAAACCAAUAGCAUGGUUAUGAUGAGCAAGGAUGCCUCUUUCAAAAUUGUGAAAUUCAUGGCCCCUGGGUCAGGGGUUCUGGUAUUAGGGUGGGGCCCUAUUGAUCAUAUAGUGAAAAUGCAUUUUAUUUCUUUGAAAAUCUUCUCCUCUGCUGCUGGGUAUUAAGUAGACAAACUAAUAGUAUGAUAAUGAUGAUCAAGGAUGCUUCUUUCAAAACUGAAAUUUAUGGCCCCUGGGUCAGGGGUUCUGGUGCAAAGGCGUGGCUGACCACAUAGCUAUUCAAUGUUUCUUCCAUCCAAAAGUAAAAUUCUUAUAUUUAAACACAAACCUAAUUCAAACAUUGGAAGGUUGUUACAUGAUACUCAGGUGACCUAUAAGGCCCCUGGGCCUCUUGUUAGAUCAUCCAAGGGCCAAGUCACUCAGGUGACCAAUUGCAGCUGCAAUAGGAUGGUGUGUCAUAUAACAAUUUACCCCACCUUUGACAAGUUAGUUGGGAGAUCCUGAAUAGUGAUUGGCUCAUUACGGUGACGUGAAGACGUGGGAUAUUCUAUCCCAUGUCACCGUCAAAAUUUAUACUAGGCUUCCUUGCGAGUUAUCUUUCUUGUUGCAUUUGUCAACAACAAUGGCGGCCAAACGGUUUGUAAGUUUGGCAACAGACGAGAUCGAAAAAAAGAAGAAAUUACUGAUAAUCACACUGGGUCUAUUUGCGCUGAUGUAUACGUAUAAUGGUAUGAUGUUUGUCCAAGCAAAAGUUUGUUUAAAUACAGUAGUCUUUGAACAAGGAACAUUUAUGGUACGGUGUUGUCUGUAGUUCUGGUACGCAAUAGCCUCAUGCAUAUUAUCAUAAUAGGUCAUCGGUGGGGUAAAUUCGUUACCUAGCCAUCUAGUGACCUGGUACGGGAUGACACCAGGUCACUAAGUUUUAUACCGGGCGAGGCUUAGUGACCUGGUAUCAUCCCGUACCAGGUCACUAGAUAACUAAUAAUACCAUGCUGCAAUAGGAUGAUGGUGUGUCAUAUAACAAUAUACCAUGCUGCAAGAGGAUGCAUGCUUUACAGAGGCCUCGUUUUACAUCUUAACAGCAAUAUGAACAUUUCAAAUAGGAAACAUCUUUUACUUUGUUUCAUAUUAACAUUUAGAAAAACUUCCAAGAACACAUACAUAUUUAAAGUAAUAGUGGACAGAAAAGUAUUAAUUUGACCAUGUUUUAAGCACAAGGACCAUAUGUAUACCAUCCUCUAUCUAACACACUCGUGUCUGUAUAUUGGUCAGCCAUAGAUAAAUUAUAUCAUUCAUAAUAAAAUCUGUUAAAGGGCAUAACACAGAUA